AUGGUUGUACAGCUGAUAUAUUCGCAUAAAAAUCAAAAGAUUCUUGAACCCCACCGUCAUCCCGGCAUCUUUGUUGCGAAAGGCAAAGAGCAGUUACUAGUCACAAAAAAUCUCGUCCCUGGAGAAUCAGUCUAUGGAGAGAAACGUAUAAUGAUUGAAGGCCCAAAAUCAGACGAUGGUAUUUCAACCAAGACAGAGUACCGUGUAUGGAACCCCUUUCGAUCAAAGCUGGCAGCUGGUGUUCUUGGGGGUUUGGAUCACAUCCAUAUAGGACCCGGCAAAAAAGUACUCUACCUUGGAGCUGCCAGCGGUACCAGUGUCAGCCAUGUUGCGGACAUUGUUGGGCCUGAAGGCGUGGUUUAUGCCGUAGAAUUCUCCCAUAGAAGCGGAAGAGAUCUCAUUAACAUGGCCAAAAAGAGAACAAAUGUCAUUCCAGCAAUCGUUGAGGAUGCCAGGCACCCUACCAAGUACCGCAUGCUCCUCUCACUUGUGGAUGUCAUAUUUUCAGAUGUCGCUCAGCCUGAUCAAGCCCGUAUUGUCGCCCUAAAUGCUGAUUACUUCCUCAAAAAUCAAGGAUAUGCUGUUAUAUCCAUCAAAGCUAAUUGUAUAGACUCCACUAUGCCAGCAGAGCAAGUCUUUGCCAACGAAGUACAAUUGUUGAAGACCAUGAAGUUUCGGCCAACUGAACAAUUAACAUUAGAGCCUUACGAAAGGAGUUCAACACAAGACUUUGAUGAACCAGGCUUUGACAACUCACCUCUUCCACAUGUACGCAAUAUAAAGGAUCCGAUAUAUGACUAUAGUGCGUUAAAUUGGACCAUAAAAUUGGUGACAAAGUUGACACCACUAGGUCACGGUCCAUUUAGCCAUGUAUUUGAUGGCCAGUUCAUCCCUCGCCCAGGAAGUACUUGGAAGCACGAAGAUGCAUCGGAGUUGAUGCUCGAGGCGAUGAUCAAAGAGAACGAGAUAGAUAUUUCAAGACGCGAUAUCGACUUCGUUCGUGAUCUUAUUGCGGGGAUUGACCGACAUCCAGAAAAUGAGGAGAAGCCUUACCUGUUCCAAAUCGUCGCAAAUAAACAAAACGGCAUAGAUGUAGACAAGUAG